AUGGCAAAGAGUUAUGCUACGGUAUCACUCCAAAUUCUCAUGAUGCUCUUAGUAGCAAGUUCGGCAGAGCCAACCAUACGCAAAACAGAGUUCACACUUUACAUUCAUGAAUAUCGAAGUGGACCAGAUACUAGUAUCGUCCCGGUUGCAGGUCGAAAUGGCACACCCUGGGGCUUUGACCAGUUUGGAACUGUAUUUAUAUCUGAUAAUCUCGUAACAGAAGGCAUUUUAGCCCAUUCCCGAGAAGUUGGUCGCAUACAAGGCAUCGCUGGAAUCGUAUCCCUUAAUGGCACCAACGCAGAGGGUUUGUCCUCCAUGCUGUUCACUACCGGAAAGUACAACGGUAGCACUGUGGAAGUAAAAGGGCUUAACCAACCGACACCUGUUCAAGAACUUGCAAUUGUAGGAGGGACCAAACUGUUUAGGAUCGACGGCUUUUGGAGGAGGGAAACUGGAAAAGAACUAGUUGGCACUGGUACUCUAAAUAUCUAG